ACGUCUCUUCCGUCUCGUUGUUUGACUCGCUCCUCUGCUACCGUGUCAGUGUGUUAAAAUGGCGACGUCCCUGGGAGCUAACACGUACAACAGACAGAACUGGGAAGACGCGGACUUCCCAAUCCUCUGUCAAACAUGUCUGGGGGAGAACCCUUACAUUCGCAUGACCAAGGAGAAGUAUGGCAAAGAAUGCAAGAUCUGUGCCCGACCCUUCACAGUGUUCCGAUGGUGUCCGGGAACACGCAUGCGCUUCAAGAAGACCGAGGUCUGCCAGACCUGCAGUAAGAUGAAGAACGUGUGUCAGACCUGCCUCCUGGACCUGGAGUAUGGUCUUCCCAUCCAGGUCAGAGACACCGGCCUCGCUGUCAAAGAUGAGGUGCCAAAAUCUGAUGUCAACAAGGAGUAUUACACACAGAAUAUGGAGAGAGAGAUCGCCAACACUGACGGGACGAGACCGGUGGGCCUGCUGGGCAAAGCCCCGAGCUCCAGUGACAUGCUGCUGAAACUGGCCCGGACCACGCCCUACUACAAGAGGAACAGACCCCACAUCUGCUCCUUCUGGGUGAAGGGAGAGUGCAAGAGAGGCGAGGAGUGCCCGUACAGGCACGAGAAGCCCACGGACCCCGACGAUCCGCUGGCCGACCAGAACAUCAAGGACCGUUACUACGGCAUCAACGACCCGGUGGCCGACAAGCUGCUGAAGCGUGCCUCAACCAUGCCCCGCCUGGACGCCCCAGAGGACAAGAGCAUCACCACGCUGUACAUCGGCGGGCUGGGUGACGCCGUGACGGACACGGAGCUCAAGAACCAUUUCUACCAGUUUGGUGAGAUCCGCACCAUCACCAUCGUCCAGAGGCAGCAGUGUGCCUUCAUCCAGUUCGCCACGCGGCAGGCUGCAGAGUCGGCCGCCGAGAAGUCCUUCAACAAGCUCAUCCUCAACGGACGCAGGCUGACCGUCAAGUGGGGGAGGUCCCAGGCAGCCAGAGGGAAGGAAUCCAUCAAGGACGGGGUCAGCGAGAUGGGCACCCGUCUGGACCCCGUACCAGGCCUGCCUGGAGCCCUCCCCCCUCCACCAGCGCACGACGAAGAGGCGCCAGCCAACUACUUCAACCUGGACCCGGGCACCUCGUCUGUGUUGAACAUCGCCCUGCCCCCCCCGCCCGGCAUCCACCCCCCCCCUCCAGGUUUCGGACCCCCGAUGUUCCACCCCAUGGGCCACAUGGCGCCGCCCAUGCCCCCCCCGAUGGGCAUGCGGCCCCCCGGGCACAUCCACUACCCCUCCCAGGACCCCCAGCGCAUGGGCGCCCACGCCGCCCACGGCGCGCGGCACGGCGACUAGACGCCGCCACAGCCUCUACUCUGGUCAUUCCUGCCCGCAGCCCAACCCACUCAGAAUACAACCAGGGACUCACCUUUACUCUGGGGGGGGGGGGGGCUCUACCUGGACGCGGGCCGGGCUGCGGUCGCUGCUGUUCUCUGAGCGGACUGAAGCGCCCCCCACUCUCAGAAUGAUUUACUAGCUGAAUGUUACAAGACGUCUGGCUAAUGAACCCCUGUUGGAAACACAUCGGGCAGGAGCACGGAGGGAGAGGGAGGAGUUUAGGUUCAUUACUGCCACUGUUUUCGUCUCAUACAGCCCGGAUGCUAUUCCUGGGGGAUUCCUUGGGCUUUUAAGGGCUUCUUCGAUCGAUGCCGUUCUAUUACAUAAUUGAGUUGUCUGUCAUCGUGCAAAUUAUCACCGUGAAACAUUUUAGUCUUGAUUUGAUUUUUUUUUAUUCUUUGACGUAAUAUUAUUACCCCAUGAAACUGUUUAUUUGUAUUUUUCAUCAUUAAACAACCCCAUCUAGUCAUUUGAC